AUGCAUCCACCAUCAACAACAGCACCAACAACAACAGAUACAGCAACCCCUAUGGACUUCGAUAGUAAUUUUCAGCGUGAACAACAAAAUGGGAAGAAAUUUAGACGAGGAGGCAACUAUGACAACGGCAGUAACAAAAACAAUAAUAAUAAUGGCAGCAGGAAAAGUUCAAUGGGAACUGUCAUGGCUGUGGUAAAUUUGGCCACAAGCAAACAGAUUAAAGACAACAAAAAUAAAAGAAACAACAAUGAACAACAAGUAACUCACCAAGCAUCAGUAUCAGUAGUGAGAGGAUCUAGUAAAGAAGGCAUCGACAACAACAGCACAGGUAACAGCAUAGACACAACAGAUGAUCACGAUACAUUCGAAUCACGAAUAUUCCAAUAUUUAUCUCAAAACAGUCAACAACCUGAAGCAAUUCCAACUAAACAAUCUUUACAAAUUGACGAUAAAAAUCAAAAUUCUUUGCGUUUUACAGUAAAUGCCAAACUUGAUGAUGUGAUUGUAUCAGAAUUAAUUGACACAGGUUCAGAAGUAUCGACAACCGACGAGGCAACAGUUCAACAAUCGCAACUAUCAGCUGCACCUGCAUCAAAUAUGUUUAUUCAGUACGGCAAUAAAUCUAAAGCCUUGUCAACCAAACAACUUUUUGUCACCUUGUGGAAUAGGUAG